GGCGGCCGGGGGCCAAUCUCGAUGAGAACACUGUUGACCGAACAAAUUGAAGCAGCCCCGCGCAAACAAGACCUCACCCCCUCCCCGCCGCCGCCACUGACAGCGCCCCAUUGAGCGACUGCCAUUUGCAUGAGAAUGCGAGAGCGACGCGAGCGAGCGCAGCGCCCCGGCCUUAAUUUUCUGCCCGGGUGAAAGGAGCGGAAAAUUGGCUUCUCCUCGCGGGAGGCCCGCGCGCGGUGCCGGUGGUGGCGGCGCUGCGCUCGCUCCCUGCGCGCCCCCCACCUCCCCCAGCGAGGCGGUCCCUGGCGGAGGGGCGGCGUCACGUGCGGCGGCGUCCGAUGCCGCGGGGCGUCCAGAGCAACACGAGCCCAUGCAGCAGCCGCAGGCGUCGCCGGCCGAGCCUGGCUCGUCGCCCAAGCAGCCGACCGCCUUCUCGGUCGACGACAUCCUGGACCCAGCCAAGUUCACCGGUACGCGGUUCCGGUGGCGGCCGCUGCUCGACUCCUCCACCGAGUGGCCACCCGACGAACGCGGCGCGUCGCCGGCCAAGGGUGGCAAGUCCUCGUCGUCGUCCUCGUCCUCGUCGUGCUCCAAGAAGAAGCCCGAGCCCAAGGCGGGCAAGCCACGGCGUGCGCGCACCGCCUUCACGUACGAACAGCUGGUGGCUCUCGAGAACAAGUUCAAGACGACCCGCUACCUGAGCGUCUGCGAGCGGCUCAACCUGGCGCUGUCGCUGCGGCUCACCGAGACGCAGGUCAAGAUCUGGUUCCAGAAUCGACGCACCAAGUGGAAGAAGCAGAACCCGGGCCUGGACGCCAACAGCCCCGCGCUGCCGGCAUCGCCGCCGUCGCCCUUCUCGGCGGGAUCCCUGUACGGGCCCUACCUGGCGCCCUACUCCGUCUUCCCGCAGCCGCCUUUCUUCCCGUCGUAGCGCCGCCCCGUCCCACCUUGUACAGUCGCAAUAAACCCGUGCCCCCAGGUCAGCCUUUUCUCCGCC